ACCGCAUAAUCCCCUUGCUUACGCACGAGCAGCAAUUGAAAACUGCCACCGGCUAUCCUCCCUUUCUCCCCUGCUUUCCCAUCGCGAAAGCAAGAGCUCGCUCGCUCGAUCGGCAUGGCCGCCGCCGUCCUCCCCAGCCGCCUCCUUUUUCUCCUCCUCCUCCUGUCCUCGCCCUCACUCUUCCUCGCCGCGGCGCAGUACGCGGAGUACUCGUGCAAUGGCACCGCGGGCAACUUCACCUCCGGCAGCGCCUUCGCCGCCAGCCUGGACCGCCUCAUCGCGGAGCUCCCCGGGAACGCCUCCUCCUCCCCGUCCCUCUUCGCUUCGGCCACCGUCGGCGGCGGCUCCGCCCCGGACAUGGCGUACGGCCUCGCGCUCUGCCGCGGCGACGUAACGGACCGGCGCGCCUGCUCGUCCUGCCUCGCCGACGCCUUCUCCAGCCUGCGCCGCCUCUGCGGCGCCGACCGCGACGCCACCUUCUACGCCGACCUGUGCACGGCGCGGUACUCCGGCGCCGACUUCCUCUCCCGCGGCGGCGCCGGCGAAGUCGACAACUCGCCGGUGAUCAACGGCAUGGACUUCAACGCGUCGACGUACCCCGGGUGGGACGCCCGGAACGCCACGAGCCGGAGCUUCUUCCUGUCCCUGGUCGGCACGCUGUUCGGGGAGAUGGCCAUGUACGGCGCCUACAACUCGUCCCGCCGCCUCGCCAGCGCCGUCAUGUUCAUCAACGCGCAGCUGCCCACCGUGUACGGCUUCGCCCAGUGCACGCCGGACCUCGCGCCGGCCCAGUGCUGGCACUGCUUCCAGGGCGUCGCCGAUCUCAACCGCCAGUGGUACGACGGCCGCGAGGGGGGGCGGAUCUCCGGCGUGCGGUGCAGCUUCCGGUACGAGGGGUACAAGUUCUACCAGGGCAGGCCGGACGUCAGGAUCGGAGGACAGCACGGCGAUGAGUCCUCGCCCAAUGGAUCAACCAAUGGAAGCAGCCACAAAAAGGUCUUAAUCAUCGCCCUCGUCGUAUCAAUCACGGUUGUCUGCGGCUUGCUGCUUGCAGGCCUCCUGAUAAUCAGAACACAAAGAAACAGAGCCGGAAAGACGAGGCUGCCGAUGCAGGCUCAUUCCCGGAACAGCUCCAAGACGGAGGAGGCGCUGAAGCUGUGGCGGAUCGAGGAGAGCGGCUCGGAGUUCACGCUCUACGACUUCUCCGAGCUGGCCGCCGCCACCGGGGGCUUCUCCGACGAGAACCGGCUCGGCAAAGGCGGCUUCGGACCCGUCUACAAGGGCAAGCUCGCGGACGGUUCGGAGAUCGCGGUGAAACGGCUGGCGGCGCAUUCCGGGCAGGGGCUGGAGGAGUUCAAGAACGAGAUCCAGCUGAUCGCCAAGCUGCAGCACACCAACCUGGUGCGCCUUGUCGGUUGCUGCGUCCAGGACGAGGAGAAGAUGCUCGUCUACGAGUUCAUGCCCAACCGCAGCCUCGAUUGCUUCAUCUUCGAUCAGCAACGGGGUCCAUUACUGGAUUGGAAGAAACGGCUACACAUAAUUGAGGGCAUUGCGCAAGGGCUGCUAUAUUUGCACAAGCACUCACGGGUGCGUAUAAUCCAUCGGGAUUUGAAAGCUAGCAACAUUUUGCUAGACAAGGAGUUGAACCCCAAGAUCUCGGACUUCGGCAUUGCUAGGAUCUUCGGCUCCAACAUGACUGAAGCCAACACCAACAGAGUCGUCGGAACAUAUGGCUACAUGUCUCCCGAGUACGCUUCCGAGGGCAUCUUCUCGAUCAAAUCCGACGUGUACAGCUUCGGCGUGUUGCUACUCGAGAUCGUCAGCGGCAAGAGGAACAGCAGCCACCAUCAGUACGGCGACUUCAUCAACCUGCUCGGAUACGCGUGGCAGCUGUGGAGGGAAGGUCGGGCGUUCGAGCUGAUCGACCCGACGCUGGGCGAGUGCGGCGAGGUGGCGACCAUCAUGCGGUGCGUCAAGGUGGCGCUGCUGUGCGUGCAGGACAGCGCCGCCGACCGGCCCACCAUGGCGGACGUCACGGCGAUGCUCGCCGCCGGCUGCGACGGCGGCGGCUCGUCGUCGCUGCCGGACCCGAAGCGGCCGCCGCACUUCUCGCUCAGGGUGAGCAGCAGCGAGGACGGGUCGGAGGCCGGCCGGACGCGGUCGUCGUCGCACGCCACCACGUCGUGCAGCACCAACGACCUCACCGUCACCACCAUCCAAGAGGGCCGACGAACUGCUACCGCUGAUCCUCUUUGUUCCCAUCCUUCCACAACGGAAAGACUAGAGCUCGACAUGGUGGUCCCACCCUCCCUCCUCCUAUCCUCUGCGCUCCUUCUCGCCGGCGCCGCCGCGUACUCGGAGUACUCGUGCAAUGGCACCACGGGCAACUUCACGUCCGGCAGCGCCUUCUCCGCCAACCUGGAACGCCUCGUCGCGGCGCUGCCCGCCAACGCCUCCUCCUCCCCGUCGCUCUUCGCCUCGGCGACCGUCGGCGCCGCCCCGGACACGGCGUACGGCCUCGCGCUCUGCCGCGGCGACGUCACGGACCCCCGGGUCUGCUCGGCGUGCCUCGCCGACGCCUUCUCCAGGCUGCGCCGCCUCUGCCGCGCGGACAGGGACGCCACCUUCUACGCCGACCUCUGCACGGCGCGGUACUCCGGCGGCGACUUCCUGGCGCGGCCCGGCGACAACUCGCCGGUGAUCAACGCGCUCGACGUGAACGCGUCGACCUACUACGGGUGGGACGCCCGGAACGCGACGAGCCGGACGCUGUUCCUGUCGCUGGUGGGCACGCUGUUCGGGGAGAUGGCCAUGUACGCCGCCUACAACUCCUCGGCGGCGCGCAUGUUCGCCAGCGCUGCCAUGUACGUCAACCCGCAGCUGCCGACGGUGUACGGCUUCGUGCAGUGCACACCGGACCUCUCGAGGGGCCAGUGCUGGGACUGCUUCCAGGACCUGCAGAACCUGAACCGGCGGUGGUACGACGGCCGCGAGGGCGGGCGCAUCCUCGGCGUCCGCUGCAGCUUCCGGUACGAGGCCUACCAUUUCUUCGCCGGCAUGCCGGAGGUCAGGAUCGGCCUGGAGGGCGACCCUUCUACUUCAUCAACUCCGCGAAGUAAUGGAAGCAACCACAAGAAGGUCGUAAUUGUCGCCCUCAUCGUAUCAAUCACGGCGUUCUGCGCAAUACUGGCUGCCGGCCUUUUCAUAAUCAGAACACAUAGGCAACGAGCCGAGAAGAGGAAGCAGCAGCUGCAGGCACAGUCCCGGAACAGCUCCGCGACAGAGGAGGCGCUGAAGCUGUGGCGGGUCGAGGAGAGCAGCACGGAGUUCACGCUCUACGACUUCGCCGAGCUGGCCGCCGCGACGGGCGACUUCUCCGACGAGAACCUGCUCGGCAGAGGAGGCUUCGGCCCAGUCUACAAGGGGAAGCUUGCGGACGGCACCGAGAUCGCGGUGAAGCGUCUGGCGGCGCAUUCGGGUCAGGGGCUGGAGGAGUUCAAGAACGAGAUCCAGUUGAUCGCCAAGCUGCAGCACACCAACCUUGUCCGCCUCGUCGGCUGCUGCGUCCAGGACGAGGAGAAGCUGCUCGUCUACGAGUACAUGCGCAACCGCAGCCUCGACUGCUUCAUCUUCGACCAGCAGCGGGGGACGUUGCUGGACUGGGAGAAACGGCGGCGCAUAAUCGAGGGGAUCGCGCAGGGGCUUCUCUACCUGCACAAGCACUCCCGGGUGCGCAUCAUCCACCGUGAUCUCAAGGCCAGUAACAUUUUGCUGGACAAGGACCUGAACCCCAAGAUCUCCGACUUCGGCAUGGCCAGGAUCUUCGGCUCCAACAUGACGGAGGCCAACACCAAAAGGGUUGUCGGCACAUAUGGCUACAUGGCUCCUGAGUAUGCUUCGGAGGGCAUCUUCUCGGUGAAAUCCGACGUGUACAGCUUCGGCGUGCUACUACUCGAAAUCGUCAGCGGCAAGAGGAACAGCGGCCACCACCGCCACUACGGCGACUUCGUCAACCUGCUCGGAUACGCAUGGCAGCUGUGGAAGGACGGGAGGGUGUACGAGCUGAUCGACCCGACGCUGGGCGAGCGCGGCGACGCGGCGGCCAUCGCGCGGUGCGUCAGGGUGGCGCUGCUGUGCGUGCAGGACAGCGCCGCGGACCGGCCGACCAUGGCGGACGUGACGGCGAUGCUGGCCGCCGCCGGCAGCAGCGACGGCGGCGCGUCCGGGCCCCUCCCGGACCCGAGGCAGCCACCGCACUUCUCGCUCAGGGUGGUCGCCGCCGGCAGCGACGAGGACGGCGGCGGGUCGGGGAUGCGGACGCAGACGCACGGCGGCACCACGUCGUGCUUCAGCACCAACGACCUCACCAUCAGCUCCUGCAUCCAGGAGGGAAGAUGAGAUGACUUCGAUCUCUAGCAGAAACAUCUUUUAUUUGGUGAUGGGGAUCGAUCGAUCUGCGUGUGAGGGUGUUAGACACGAUGGGUUGGCGGUUGUCCGUUGGGGAUGAGACGGGACGUGUUCUUGAGAGUACGUACGUCUGUUGCUGUGAGACCGUGACAUGUCACAUGGCGAUUGUUCUACGUACGUGUGAUUGCGCACCGCUGUACACACAAAUGCUAGCAUUGAUUAGGGACAUGUUGCGGUACUGCUGCUUUGACGGUGAAGAGUCGGUGAUCUGUGGUCGGCCGGGUUCAUUCAAAAGGGGUCGCUUUCGGAAUCGGGGUCGUUGAGUUGGCCGACCUAGCACUUGGCAGUUGGCACGUAGGAUACAGGAGCGUUGUUGGGUGACUCUGUGUGCCGCUGACAAUUCUAGCCGUUUCAAGUUGCAGCAGGUUGUUUCACUUUUCUAUAAUAUACAAUUUUUGUUAUACAA